AUCAUGAUGAUGGAAAUCGAAGAUAUAAACGCCCCCAGUCGGUGGGUCAAAUUAUUAUAUUAUUUAUGGAAAAUAUUCACCUGUUUGUUCCUGCAUUUGUUACUCAUCGCCAUCGUAGUCGGUUACUGUUUCUUUGGAUCUUAUAUGUUCGAAAAAUUAGAACAACAGUAUGAAAAAGAUAUGAAGAUGAAUAUCACCUAUAUUAGAGGCAAUGUCACGAAAGACAUAUGGGCAUUUACAAAACAACUCGACGUUCUUAAUCAUACCAAUUGGACUAAUAAGGUCAGAGAAGAUUUGAAAAAUUUCGAGGGUAAAUUAGUAUGGGCUAUGAGAAAAGGCGGUUGGAAUGGCAACGAAACUGCAGAUUCAUUACAAUGGACCUCCGGUGGAGCUUUGUUUUAUUCGAUCAUCGUUAUUACAACCAUCGGAUACGGACACAUAGCACCGAAGACACCUCAAGGAAAAAUAGCCACUAUUUUUUACGCCGUCGUCGGUAUCCCUCUGAUGCUUCUCUGUCUAUCGAAUAUCGGCGACGUGAUGGCGCAUUCGUUCAGAUUCAUAUACUGGAGGAUUUGCUGCUACAAAUGUACCCAGCCACCGAAAAGAAUACCUCCUUUUCCUCCCAGUAGGAGAGCGAGGAGUUUCAGAAGUACUGUAAGAUCUCACGGGAAUCGUUUCAGUGGCAGAUCGCGAACGACUUCUUUUCGACAUUCUGGACGUAAUUCGCAGAAAUCAGCUGAUAGCGCGAUCGGUAUGUCGGAGACGUAUACGAGAUCUUCGCAUUCUGAUACUGAGUGCAGAUACUACGACGAAAUGGAACAAGACAACGCCAUCCCGAACGAAAAAUUUUUCAACAGACAGUCUCAGCAAUCUCGAUACUCCGACAACGUCACCAUGUACCAAACCCCUAGACAUUCUCAACACUCUUCUUACAAAAGUCGCAUGGCAAUGGAUCCCAUAUUAGCCGAAUGUGGAGAAUACACUAGAAAUUCGCCCGUAGUAUUCAACAAGUACGCUUUGGAACGAGAAGAAUCAUGCAGAUUGUCACGAAGUCGCGAUGAUGGCAAAUACCGUCAAGGGCGUCGGGAUAUGUCAAAGAAUGAUUCAGUUGGUGGUUCUAGACGCCUACUGGCACCUACAGGUAUUGCUACUUUACCCAGAGCCACGAACGAAUACCCUCCGCCGAGGUUUAGACGAGAAAGACCUAGAAGUACUUCUUCCUUAGGUCGCCAUAAUAAAGAAAACAUCGGUCCUAGUCCACGAAUCAUGUCUCCGUUGGGAUUCGCCGUACAUAGACAAACGUUUCCACGUGCUGCUCGAGAUUACCAAUACGAUGAUUACUAUGAUUAUUACAUGGACUAUUACGAUUAUUAUCAGCACGAUUACACCCGACCUGUUCCUAUUUGGUUGUGUGUAUUUUUAGUGGUAAGCUACAUCAUCGGCGGAGCUUUCCUAUUCAACGAACAACAACACGAUUGGGGAUUAUUCAAUUCGGCUUAUUUUUGUUUCAUUACGUUAACUACAAUAGGCUUCGGAGACUUUGUACCUGAGCAGAAAGUUGGAACUGAUGCUAAACUAGGAACUGCCAUUUGCUCGUUGUAUUUAUUAUUCGGUAUCGCUUUGUUGGCAAUGAGCUUUAAUCUAGUCCAAGAAGAAGUUAUUAAUAAUGUGAAAUCGGUCGCUAGACAUUUGGGUAUUAUUAAAGACGAAGACAGCGACGAGUGAAAUUUUUGAAGUGUUCGAAUUUGUUUAAGAUCUCUGUACUUUACUUCCUAAAAUAUGUCUCUUUUUUUUGUACCAAUUCGUUAUUUGUACGUGUAUAUAUUUUAAUAAAGGAUUUUUCGAUGUUAA